AGAACUACUUAUCAUACUUCGAAUUUCAACUAUUGCCACAUAACAUCAAGUACUAGUUGUAUUCGGUGCAUAAAAGAAUCGAAUUAUCAGUUGAAAAUUGAUCGCUAUUAUGGAGUGUGCUAAUCGUAUUCAAGUUUUGGACAAAAAUGACGAUGUCUAUUCGGUCAUCAAGAAGAUCACAGAAGAAGGCGGCCUAGACGAAUCUUUUUAUGUAUGCGAUGUCAGCGAACUUGUGUGGAAAUGCAACAACUGGAAAAAACUCAUACCCAGAAUUGAACCGUAUUACGCUGUGAAAUGUAACGACAGCAGAAUCGUCCUUCAAACAAUGGCAGCCUUGGGCACAGGAUUCGACUGUGCCUCGAGGGAGGAAAUAAGAAGGGUACUUUCAUUAGGAGUCAAACCGAACAAGAUCGUUUUCGCCAAUCCUACCAAGAAGAUCAGCCAUAUCAUCUACGCUGCUGAAAUGGGUAUAUCUGCGAUGACCUUCGACAAUGAAUUUGAACUAUAUAAAAUAAAGAAACACUAUCCCGGCGCAGAGUUGAUACUGAGAAUAAAAUGUGACGACGUGACUGCCAAAUAUGUCUUGGGACAAAAAUACGGAGCUGACCCAGAACAGGAAUCUGAAAGACUACUUUCACUGGCCAGAUCACUCGAUUUGAACGUUAUUGGAAUAGCUUUUCACAUAGGAUCAGGCUGUUCCAAUUAUGCAAUUUAUUCAGAAGCUUUAGCGGCAGCCAGGCAUGUUUUCGAUAUCGGAAAAAGUUUGGGCUACGUAUUCAGAUUUCUGGACAUUGGAGGUGGAUUUCCGGCAAAAAAAUCGAAUUCUAUCGAUGAGAUAGCGAAAUAUGUGAACAAGGGCCUUGCAGAAUACUUUUCAGACACAAACCUGCAAAUUAUUUCUGAACCAGGCAACUACUUCGUCAACUCAGCUUUCAAACUCGUCUCCAACAUACAUUCAAAAAGAAUUAUAACCGAAGCAAGAAAAAACGGUGCAAAAGAAACGAGUCUUCGAAUGUACUACAUUGAUGUCAGUUUAUACACAGCUCUAAUACCGGUUCUAUUUCAAGAAUUCUACGAGUGCCGUCCCGUCAAAUCCAUUCCCAACGCACCCGAAUAUCCCAGUAUUAUUUGGGGUCCUACGUGCGACUGUAGUGACAAAAUAUCUAACGGAGCUGUACCUAUGAGAGAUAUGGAGAUCGGAGAGUGGAUGAUUUUUGAGGAAGCAGGUGGUUACACUCUGUCGAUAGCGAGCGAAUUCAACGGGUUCCCAGUUCCUGAUAUACAUGCAGUAGUUAAUGAAGAAGAUUGGUUGUUCCUCACGGAAAAAGCACCAAAGCCUCUCAGUAGAGAAAAAUUUGUUUCUAGUAAAAAUUUAGAAAGCUAUUUAACUGGAUUAGGAACUCCAUGCACAUUCAGAACAAAUUACUUUUGAUUUACUGAAUAUUUUGCUAAAGACAUAUAGAUAAUGAAGAGUUAUCAAAUUUAUGUAAAUAAUUAAUAUGUUAUCAAACCUGUUUUACAUCAUUUUAUUAUUGUUAUUUUUGGCCGCAUAUUAGCAACUAGUUCUUCCAGUUCAUUUGUUCAAUAGGCAAGAAGGAAAUAUUGACCAUGGAUUCCUGUAGAUAGCAAUAUGGUAGGAAGAUUUAUAUAAAUAGUAUUUGAUUGUGAACACUGAUGUAUUCCCUAUAUGGGGAUUUAUGCAUUUUUUAGAGAUAGAGAGCCCUUACAUCGCGUUUCACCAUUCUGACAAUGACUUUGUCAUUCUUCAACAUCAACUUUUUGCUUUGCAAAAAAUUAUUGAUCAUUGUUCAUUGAAAAUAAUGCCUCAGGAACGCUCUGAAAUAAUCGAUAGAUAUCUAAUCAACAAACCAAUGUACACAAUUACUGAAACACUGUUGGGUGAAAUAAACGAUUUCAAAAUCUAAACGACA